GUUUUGAUGGUAAAAAAUAUCGCCGAGAAAACCAUUUUCGAGGAGAAUUACUCGUUGGACGAAGCCUUGCAUGUUAUCGAGUUCCUCGACGUCGCUGCGGCGAUCAUCAACGACAAGGAUCUCAGCUCAGGUCAGAUUGCGCAGUUUCACACGUAUGUUCUGGGUUGA